GCUUGGCCUUUCUCGGCUUUUCAUUACUGUCAUUCGUUCGAUUCAAUUUUAUAGAAAUUCAAAACCCCAUUGCCCAGUUUUUCGACCAGUGUUUGGUUCCCCGAGGAAAGGAGAGGAACGGAAAGGCUAGCCUAAGGCGGGGAUAUUUUCACCGAAGGCGAAAACGAAUCCAAAAGAGAGAUCGGAUCCGCGCACUCCGCGAUGGGUCACCGGAACAUCUGCUGCGACGGCUGCCAGCGACGGGACUUCCGAGGUCGCCGCUUCCGCUGCAUGCGAUGCGUCAACUUUGACCUAUGUGGCGAUUGCUACGACAGGCAUGUCGAAACGCAUGAGCACAGGGUAGAACACCCGAUGCAGCUGAUCCUCGAGCCGGGUCAACAGCCCCAGGCAGAGCAGCUUCUAGGCGGGGCGGACAUGCUGGAGCAGCUGCACCUGUCCAACUGCUACACCUGUCCAUACUGCGGACUGUUCGGGCACACAGCCAAGAAGCUGAUCGAGCACGUGUGCGGCCAGCACCGCCUGGCCGACGGCUACGUUGUGUGUCCCAUGUGUGCGGGUCUGCCGGCCAUCGAGCUGGUUGCUAUCCGCAACCUAUCGCGACACCUGGUGCUCAAUCACAUCGAGCACGCCAACAUGCUGGAGCCGGACACCCCGCCACUGCGCCGCUUCCUCGCCAGAAGUUCCCAGCGCAGUCGUCGGCGGCGUCAGCUGAUGCUGCAACAACAGCAACAACAUUCCCACCAGCAGCAGUUGCAAAAUCUACCGCAGCCCCAGCCCCAGCCGCAACCGCUGCAGCUGGCACUUCCCCAGCCGCCACGGCUGCAAUCCAGAGGAAAUCCCCCCGGCCUGGGCUUUGAUAUUCUCAUGCAGCUUGCCGAGGUACCGGCAGAAUCUUGGACGCCCGAACCACUGCUGCCCAGUAGCAUCGAAAUCUCUGAGGAUGAGGCUCGGACCAGGAGCAGCGGCCUUUCCCGCUCGGGGGCAGACUCGCAGGCCCCCGUCGAGGAUCCCACCAGCCAGACAGUAAUCCUGAAACCGGUAGACACCACCGGUCGGACCGAGCGAUUUCACCUGCUGCAAUGGAUUGCCCGCCAAGAGCAUCUCUGCCAGGAGACGGAGGUGGCAUGCCACCGGCGGCUGAGGCACGCCCUCUUCACCGAGCACCUGAUCCUCUCCAUGUUGAGCGGAGCGGAGCUGCAGCCCCCGCAGCGGGAAUCCGGCGGCGGUGUGUGGCAUCGGGAGGAGCAGCGCAUCGGUCUAUCCAAGGCCAUGUCGCUGAUGUCCCUGCCGUGGACAAGGGCCUGGCGCGCUUCUCGACAGGCUGGCUGUCUAGAGAUGGACGUUGGACAAGGGUCGAGGCCCGCGGAGUGGGUGUGUUGUAAGCGAGGUGUGGGGGGCGAGCCCAAGCAGGAGGAGGAGGCCAUUGAUUAGCAGAAGGCUCCUUAACGGACGGCUCAGAUUUAUUUGUUUUUUAAAGCUUGUUGAUGGCAAUUAUUUUUUGGUUCUGUUUUUGAUUUAAAGUAAAACACUCGCAAAAUUUUUGUGAAAACCUAA